AUGUCAGCCAAAGUAUACUCCUACUCCGAUUCACAAGAUGUGGCCAAUUCAGUUGGAAAAUAUGUUAUCGAACAACAAAACAAAGCCAUUGAAGCCAAUGACUCUUUUAAAAUUGCUUUGUCUGGCGGUUCCUUAGGCAAGAUUUUGAAACAAGCAUUGAUUGAUAAUAAGGAGAUCGGUUCAAAAGCCCAAUGGGAUAAAUGGGAAGUCUACUUUAGUGAUGAGAGAUUAGUUCCAUUGUAUCACCCAGAUUCGAAUUUUGGAUUAUUCAACGAAAUGGUUUUGAAAAAUUUGCCUCAAGACACCACAAAGAUGAAAUUACACGUCAUUGAUCAAUCAUUGCUAACCGGAAAGGAUGGUAAAUUAGAUGAUUUAGUCGAUCAAGCAAAAGAUCAAGCAAUUGCCAAAGAAUAUGCUAAUGGGUUGCCAAAACAAUUUGAUUUGAUCUUGCUUGGGUGUGGGCCAGAUGGCCACACUUGCUCUUUAUUCCCAGGUCAUAAAUUAUUGGAAGAAAGAGGCGAAUUGAUUUCAUAUAUAAAUGAUUCUCCAAAACCUCCACCAAGAAGAAUUACAUUCACCUUCCCAGUGUUGGAAAAUGCCAAAGCAAUUGCAUUUGUGGCAACUGGUGCAGGUAAAGCUCCGGUGUUGCGUGAAAUUUUCCUGGGUCAAAGCAAGUUACCAUGUGCUUUAGUUAAUGACAUAAAGACUGGUGUAUCGGUAAGCUGGUUUGUAGACUCUGCUGCAGUAGAAGGUGUUGAUGUUUUAACAAGUAAAUACUAA